CGGUCCCGCAGCUCCGCCCCCGACCUGGCCCGGCCCGGCCCGGCUCUGGGCCCGCUCGCCCGCCGCCCCGCAUGGAGCUGUCAGCCAUUGGCGAGCAGGUGUUCGCGGUGGAAAGCAUCCGGAAGAAGCGCGUGCGGAAGGGCAAAGUCGAGUAUCUGGUGAAGUGGAAAGGAUGGCCCCCCAAGUACAGCACAUGGGAGCCGGAAGAGCACAUCCUAGACCCCCGCCUUGUCAUGGCCUACGAGGAAAAGGAGGAGAAAGACCGUGCAUCGGGGUAUAGGAAGAGAGGCCCGAAACCCAAGCGGCUUCUGCUGCAGCGGCUGUACAGCAUGGACCUGCGCAGCUCCCACAAGGCCAAGGGCAAGGAGAAGCUCUGCUUCUCUCUGACGCGCCCACUUGGCAGCGGGAGCUCCGAGGGGGUGGUCAAGGCGGGGGCGCCUGAGCUGGUGGACAAGGGCCCCUUGGUGUCCACCCUGCCCUUCCCGCUCUGCAAGCCGCACAAGGCCCACAAGUACCUGCGGCUCUCACGCAAGACGUUCCCGCCCCGUGGGCCCCACCUGGAGAGUCACAGCCAUCGACGGGAGCUCUCCCUGCAGGAGCCACCAGCCGCAGAGGUCCUGCAGGCAGCUGGCGAGUGGGAGUCCACGGAGCAGCCUCCUGAGGAGGAGGCAGAUGCAGACUUGGCCGAUGGGCCCUCUCCCUGGACACCCACGCUCCCCUCAAGUGAGGUGACCGUGACCGACAUCACCGCCAACUCCAUCACCGUCACCUUCCGUGAGGCUCAGGCAGCCGAGGGUUUCUUCCGGGACCGCAGCGGGAAGCUCUGAGCCUCGGUGGCCGCUGUCCUUAAACUGUUUUCUUUGGGGCUUGGGUGGGCAACUCCACAGAUGGGGAUGGGUUGGGGUGAGUUCCCUAUUUUAUUUUUAAAAACUGCUGAGCAGAAGGAGCGAAGACCCCACCACCCUCCUGUCACCCCGCCUUGCUCUUUGAGGGACAUUUCUAGCAGGCCCUUGGGCGGGGCUGGGAGGGUGCUCUGGUGGCCCUGUUGUCUCUUUUGGGAUGGCGCAGGGCCUCCUGCCUGGGAUGCCUGUCUCAAAUUCUAGGAAUCUGGGGAGUCCAGAGCUCUGCCUCAAGCAGUAUCCCAUGCUACCCUCCACCCUUACUUUUUAAAUUUUUUUGGCUUGGAUUUUCUUUUGAACUUCCCACUCCAG